AUGCAGUCCUGGCCUGGCUCUGGUCAGAAUGGCGCAAAUGAUGGACAUAAUUCCUGGCCAUCCGGCUUCGCACAAUUUUCCGACCAAAACAACCAAUUCGACCCCAGCCAGGGUUGGCCGCAGCCGGGCGCUGAGCAGCCCUUCUCCCAUUUAGAUCCGCAGGAUCCCUCCGCGUCCAGCUUCUUUGAGGCAUCUCACCAGGGGAAUGCAAAUGCCUACCUGGGCGGCGGCCUUCAUGCCACUGCCUCCAGCCAGGCGCCGUUCCAUGCUGGCCAUGGCACGCUCUCGUUGAAUCAGCAGUUUUCGCAGCCUGGCCAGGAUGUGCUGGAUCCUGCCUUCAGUAAUAUCCACCCUGAACUGUAUGGACACCAGCCCAAAGUCAAUCUGGGUGGAGAUGGAAUCGGCCAGAUGGGCCAAGUUCAGAGCCACCAGCACGCCCAUCCCCAGGGCUUCAACCAGCACGACUUUCCAUUUACCUCGCAGAACGACCAGCUGUACGACACUCCUGGUCCGUACAGCCAGCCUCAACAGGUCCCCCAGCCAUCGCGCCAGGGAAGCAACACUCCAGUUCAGCAUUUCGAGAACCUGCAUGGAGGCUUCCCUCAGGGCGCUCGCUUUGGACAGUCGCCCCAGCCGCCGCCAGUACAGCAUCAACAACAGCCUCCCUAUCGCCAGGGACAGCCCUUUUCCGACCAGUAUCAGCUCAAUAACGGCCUCGGCUACCAGCAGCCAAACUCCUCCCAAUAUUCUACGCAGCAGACAUAUGCACCAACAAAACCGAAUACAUUUACUCCCCCUCAGCAGGGCACGCCUGUACAGCAGCAGCCGCUGGCACCGCAGCCUCGUCCACAGCAACCUGGUCUGUCGUCUUCCGCUCACUCGACGAUGGGAGUGAGCCCCAAUGCCCAGUAUGGAGCAGCCCAGCAGCCCCUCAAUGGCGGUGCUGUUGCUACUUCCACCGUGCCACCAGCAGUGCCUUCUGGUUUCUCUCAGCCGGUGGAAAGUGGUCCGAAGAAGAGGAAGCGUGCCACCAAGAGCACCCCGGAGCCGGCAGUUCUAGAGCAACCGGCUUACCCCAUAGACCUCCCGGUUGAUAUACUCCCAAGAAGGAGCGAAGACCCCGAAAUCCUAUCUGUCCCUUUGCCAUCAGCAGAAGAAGCUCAGCUGAUUGCCCAGUUUGCGAAGCGGAACAAGGCUGCCCAGAACAAAUAUCCGUCUAUCAAGGGACUUCCCUUUUUAGUAUAUGAUGGCACGAUUAAGCUUCCAGCGCCUAAGAGCUACGACAAGCUGUCUCCUUGCGUUGCCUUGCCACCGCAUAGCGAUCGUUCCUUGGUACCGGAGCUAGGGUAUCUACCCUGCGAGAUUCAAGGAAAGUUUAGCGCACAGUAUCGGCCAUCUGCAGAUAGGAUUGGCUUAGAUGAGCGACGGGAAGAGGCGAGGCAGCUUUUGGCUGAAUAUGAUCGCUCCAUGUACAGCCUUGGCAAACGCCGGCCGAAGUACACCGAGUAUCCUCAUGCAUUCAAGGAACAGCUCAAAUCUGACGAAGCUUCGAAAAAUAAGGCAGAGAAGCGAGCAAAGAAGGAACAGGAAGAUGAUCGAGUAAAGCCGAUCCGACCUCUGGUUCGACCGGCUGAUCCUACCGAAGCCGUUGCGUGGGAUGUUAUUGGAAUCGUCAACAUUGAGCCUUCUGUGGCUCGCACAUCGGCUCUUAUUGCUGGAAGGGUUCAACAGGCUGGUGAAUUCUUCAUCAAACUCCGUGGGGACAUGAACAAGGCCAAGCUGGACGUGGAUAACGCCACGAAGAAUAAAGUUCCGGAGCCUCAACUUGCGGAGCUAAAGAAGGUAUUCGAACAGAAGAAAGAGGCCUUCUAUCGCGCUCUGGAUGUCACCAUCGAGCACGCCGAUGAUGUCGUUUUGGAUAAUCUUGGUGGUCACCAGAAGUUAGUCCUUAGCUUGGUCAACGCCAUGAUUUCGUCCAUUAAGGCGGGUGAUUUUUCGGGGAAGCUGCCCAAGGCGCUGCUGGAAAUCUUUACCCACUUUCGCAUGACUAAGAAGAUUGCCGAGACUACAAACUUUGAAACGGUCCGAAAACGUUUUGAAGACAAGGGCGAUGAUGAAGUCAAGGAGAUGGCGCGCGAAAUUGCCGCAAACAUGAAAAAGGCACUCAAAUCGGCCGAGGCAGAAACGGCCACGGGUUAUACUGGAACAUCUGCAGCUAGUAGGGCGAAAGCAGGUAACAAAUUGUCUGCAGAUGCCUCUUCGGCCAAGAGGCCCAGAGAUGAAGACUCCGAUUCUCGCACGGUGAAGAAGAUUGCGGUGGAGCCUGGCAGCAGCUCUCUUAGCAAGAAGCUGGCACAGCCAAAGAUCCAACAACCAGCGGUAUCCAAGAUCAUUGCGCCCAAAGGCAUUUCUUCGCUCCUGCCGGGCAAGGCACGACCGAUAUCCAAACCCGUGGUCAAGGCAGAUGCGGACAGCCCGUCGACAUCUAGCGAUGAUAGGAUCAAGGCAGACGUCAAGAAGAUGGUGGCAAAGGUUGAACCGAGCAGGUCGACGGUUCCUAAAGUUGAAUCAAAGCCCCCCGUAGCAAAGGCUUCUUCCGCCUCGAGCUCGAGCGCCUUGUCGGGAAUCGCCUCUCUGCUUGAUUCCAUUAAUGCACCGAAGCCGGUUGAAGCCCCCGUUCCAGCGACUAAAGAGACAAGAGAUUCUGAUACACCAGAAGCACCGGAAGAAAAGGCCAAAAGGCUUCGAAAAGAGGCACGUCGGAAGCUUAGGGUCAGUUGGAAGCCGGAGACUGAGCUUGUGCAAGUCAGAAUUUUCCAUAAAGAUGACGAGGAAGACGAAGGCAGAGGAAGCAACUUGACACGAGAUGCAGCCGACGAUCGUUCCGAAGGUAUGGUCUUGAAGCAGCGUGCAAACGUCGAGGAAGAUGACGACGACGACGAUAUUCCUUAUCAGCCUUGGCUUGGGCCCAUCGAAAUCGACUUUUCAGCAUUGGCCGACGAUGUACGAGCCAAGAAUUACGUUACCCGCGGUGGCACUGUAACCUUUACGACUGACGAGCAGCAACGAAUUGCAGAGAGAGAGCAGAGAGAGUUGAUGGCCAUCUACACCGACAUUGAUGAUAUUCCUGCAACUCCAAAGUCCCCACUACCAGAGGCGGCGACUGCUGUCAGUACCGAAGCCAAGAUGGGCUAUCUCCCUCGGGAAGAUGCCAAGUUUGAAGAAAUCCAGCUUAGGUGGCGAGACGAACAACAGUACGGACUGGACGAGGCAUUGCGCUCCGCCAUGAAGCGCCUCGAUGCCAAGCAUAGCCCCUCUAGCAAGCUGGACUCCAUUUUGGGCCGGCUUCAGGGAAGUACAUCGACAUCCGCGUCCUCUUCUCAGCCCAUGGCCUCUCUGCACAGCCACUCUUCGCUUCCUCUUCUCUUGGGCGCCGCGGCGGAGAAGCAGCUACUUGCGAUACUUGCGUCAGACAAGACCAAAGCUUGGCGUGAUCCCAACCCUGUCCUAUACGGCGAUUCAGUUCGUGCCUAUAACUAUACGGAUCCUACAGUUCGACUGAAUGGAAAUGCGGUUGAAGAGGUCGUGAAAGCUUUGAUUAGCAAAGCAUAUCCUCCAACGUCUCCUCCUGACUGGCUUUCGUUUGAUCAAGAAAGGGUCAGAGAGUGGUGGUUUGGAUAUAAUAAGGAGCUUGCCGUCAGGCAGAAGAAAGAGGACGAGGCAAAGGCAAAGGCUGAGGCUGAGGCAAACGCACUCAAGGUUGCUGCCGCCGCUGCCAACUCGGCAAAUACACAAUCUCAGGACUGGUCAGGGCAGUACGCACAGCAACAGAAUUAUGCUCCGUAUAUGGCACUGCUACAGCAAAUGACUGGUGGACAGCUUCCACCAGCUGCGGCGGCGGCGGCGGCGGCAGUGGCGGCGCCAUCAGUCCAGCAUCCUCAGAUUCCUGACGGACAGCUGCAGUCGAUUCUCGCUGCCAUCAAUCAACCUCAGCAAGCAGCCCCAGCACAAGCUGCAAACAUUGCUAGUUACCUGAAUCCGAACGAUCCAUCAUAUCAGCAGCUAAUGAUGCUCACUCAGAUGGCGCAAGGCCAGCAGCCGCCUCCUCCGCCACCUCCUCCGCCAUCGUCCUUUGAUCACAGGCCUGAGCGAGACUGGGAUCGGAACGAUGGCCAGAGGGGAAGUGAGCAGCACGGAAAGGAGGGAAGGAAAAAGAAGGGCACACUGCCACCCCACAAACCGGCAAAUAAAGCUCUAAUUGGGACGAAGCCAUGUACUUUUUGGCAACAAGGCAAGUGUGCUAGAGGCGAUAAGUGCACCUUUAGGCACGGCUGA